AUGGCCCCUUGCUGGCUGGAGGCAGGUGUCAUUAGUUAGAAGCAUCUGCUGAAAGAUUUGGAGCAGAAGAAGGUGGCUACUCUGAACCAGACCAACUGUAAUACAGAGUCACCAGCAGCCCUGGAGGAGGCCAAGACCCCUGGUGCUCCUGGGAGCCCCCAAACAGCCCCCGAGCCUCAUGACCCUGGUAGUUCUCUGCCCCUGACACCCCGGAGAGAGUGCCACUCAGAGGAAGAAGAUCCGACUGGGGCUGGCAGUGGCCUGGGCUGGAGCGGUAGGGGCUCCCGGGCGCAGAGCCCAGGGGGCAGCUCGGCCCAACACCCAGGGGGCAGCUCGGCCGAAGCCACGUUGGGCCGGAAGAAGCCCCGCAGGAGGCCUUCCAAGCGCAAACGCCACUGGCGGCCCUACCUGGAGCUGAGCUGGGCUGAGAAGCAGCAGCGGGAUGAGCGGCAGAGCCGGAGGGCCUCCCGGGUCCGCGAGGAGAUGUUUGCCAAAGGCCAGCCCGUGGCGCCCUACAACACCACCCAGUUUCUGAUGAACGACCGCGCCCCUGAGGAGCCCAACCUGGAAGUGCCCCACGGGGCCUCCCCCCCGGGCUCCAGCGGGGACAGCGACGCCGGAGAGGGCGACGGGCGCUGCCGGGCUCACGGCGAGUUCCAGCAGAGGGAUUUCUCCGAGGCCUACGAGCGCUACCACACCGAGAGCCUGCAGGGCCGCAGCAAGCAGGAGCUGGUCCGGGACUACCUGGACCUGGAGAGGCGGCUCUCGCAGGCGGAGGAGGAGACCCGGAGGCUGCAGCAGCUGCGGGCGUGCGUCGGCCGGCAGCCCCGCCGCCGGGCGGAGGAGCUGACUGCUGAGGUCGAGAGGCUCCGGACCGAGAACCAGCGCCUGCGGCAGGAGAACGCCCUGUGGAACCGAGGCGGCGGCCACUAAGUGGGACCCCUCAGCCAGGGUGCCCCGAGGACCAGGUCCCAUUUCAUUACGCGCUCAGGCCAGCUGCCGCUCGGGGAGGCAGGUGACAGAUGAAAACCACUGCCAGCACCCCUGUGCCCCCUGAGAACAGCGAAAGUAGGUUCAGCCUUCCACCUCGUCAUUUCCCUAAUUUGUUCUUUGACGUCUUCUUAUUUUUCACAAAGAAAUUAAAUGAUUUUCAUGAGCUCAAA